GCCCCUGCUCUGAUUGGCCGCUCCAGUCACACGCCCCGCUCUGAUUGGCUGUUCCGCCUGGCGCGCUCCUUGAAGCACAGCUCUCCCGCCCCGGUGCGGUGACAGGACCGGAAAUGCAGCGACAAUCCCGUCUGAAGCGGGAGCUCCAGCUCCUCAGUACCGAGCCGCCCUCGGGCGUCAGCUGCUGGCAGUCCGGGGAUCGGAUAGACGAGCUCCGGGCUCAGGUGGUGGGCUCCUCCGGGUCCCCGUACGAGGGCGGGGUGUUCAGCCUGGAGAUCGCCGUACCGGAGCGAUACCCGUUCGAGCCGCCCCGGGUGCAGUUCAUCACCCCGAUCUACCACCCGAACAUCGACUCUGCGGGCCGCAUCUGUCUGGACAUCCUGAAGCCGCUGCCGAAGGGAGCCUGGAGACCGGCGCUGAACCUCUCCUCCGUCCUCACCUCCGUACAGCUCCUCAUGAGCGAGCCCAACCCCGAGGACCCGCUCAUGGCCGACAUCGCCCGGGAGUACAAGUACAACCGAGCCGCCUACACCGCCACCGCCCGGGCCUGGACCCAGAAACACGCCGGGGCCCUGGGGGCCACACACAAGAGGGCGGGGCCGGAGAGAGAGGAGCCGAGCAAGAGGCCCUGCCCCGGGGAGGAGCAGGGUGACGUCACGGGGCGGGCUGAGUGAUGUAAUACUUGUGCAGCAGAGAAGUCACAUGACUUUGUUAUCCCACGUGACUUCAGAAACAAACUGCCUCGCCCAGCCUGCUCUACCCUGAGUGAUAGACUGAUGAUGUCACAGGAAGGUUGGCCCAAUCCCACUCACCCCUCUGAUCCCGCUUCACCCUUACUGAUGAUGUCACAGGAGGGUCUGCCCAAUCCCACUCACCCCUCUGAUCCUGCUUCACCCUGACCGAUGAUGUCACAGGAGGAUCUGCCCAAUCCAGCUCGCCCCUCUGAUCCCGCUCCACCCUGACCGAUGAUGUCACAGGAGCGUCUGCCCAAUCCAACUCGCCCCUCUGAUCCUGCUCCGCCCUGACUGAUGAUGUCACAGGAGGAUCUGCCCAAUCCAGCUCGCCCCUCUGAUCCUGCUUCACCCUGACUGAUGAUGUCACAGGAGGGUCUGCCCAAUCCAGCUCGCCCCUCUGAUCCCGCUCCACCCUGACUGAUGAUGUCACAGGAGGAUCUGCCCAAUCCAGCUCGCCCCUCUGAUCCCGCUCCACCCUGACUGAUGAUGUCACAGGAGGAUCUGCCCAAUCCAGCUCGCCCCUCUGAUCCUGCUUCACCCUGACCGAUGAUGUCGCAGGAGGGUCUGCCCAAUCCAUCUCCCCCUGAUCCUGUCCCAGCCUGUGUAAAUGGAAGCUGGUGUCCCCAUGUGACCACACAUGCGCUCCCUGAUGGUGUCACAGGCUGCUCCACUGCAAAUAAGACUGUCUGUGUUCUGGAAGGAAUAAAUGGCUGCCUGUGUCCCCAUGUGACUUGAGAAUCACACUUUGGCUUCUAUACCGGAUGGUUGCCUGGGUUGCUCCACCCUGAAUGACGGCCGGUCUUCUGAUAUAUCAGGAGGGUAUGCACGGCGGUCACUGUCCCUGUGUGACUCCAGAACCAAAGAAUCUGGCUUAUACCUGAUGGUGUCACAGGCUGCUCUGCCUUUAAUGAGGGUGCCUGUGUUGUAGAUGGGCUAAUUGGCUGCUCAUGUCCCCUCCCCCCCCCCCCCCCCCCCAAUGUGACUUGAGAACUAAACGUAGAUCGUACCUGACGGUGUUCCAGCACACUGAUGUAUCAGGAGGGUAUGAAUAGAAGCCACCCCCCCAUGUGACUUUUUAACCAUCCCUGCUUACCAAUACAGUAGUACCUUGGAUUACGAGCAUAAUUCGUUCAAGAAGAAUGCUUUGUAAUCUAACGCACUUGUAUAUCAAAGCGAGUUUCCCCAUAGAAAUCAAUGGAAACUCAGAUAAUGCGUUCCAGUGCCACUCUUACUGUAUGCAAUACCGCAAGUGGCCAGAGGUGCGGGGGUGCCGGUGAUGUUUGGAGACACUCGGCUCCUGAGUGUCGCCAGCGCCUCCCCGCACCUCUGGCCACAUGUUGUACUGCGCACACCAGAGGUUUGAAUCCUGCUCGUCUUGCAAACAGAGUCAUGAUUUAAAAAAAA